CAGUUAUAUUGAUGCAUGAUAUCAUUGUCCUGGCAGCAAAUCUCCAGUACGUUUUUUUUUUUUUUAUAAUAUGUAUUUUUCGUGUGUAUUAUAUUAUGAAGUUGUAAAUGUGCUCAUAGUCUGCGAUUUAAAAUUUACUUAAAAUAUUAAUAAAGCAUUAAAAUGGAUAUCACUUUCUCAUGCAUUUCUCAUCUCACAGAGAGCUGCACAUUAUUCAUGAUGUUCUUUCUCACAGACAGUUAUACUGCGUAUGAUGGGCCCUGUUUCAUUGACAUCUUACUGCAGUCUCAGCACAGAUUACAGACUUCAGUGCCAGUUCCGCCAACACAAAAACUAGAUGCAAUGCAUCAAAUGUCUUAGUUAUGAAACCAUUUUUCUAUAAAUAAUUAUUUAAAGAAAAUUGGUUCCACUGUACUCAUGCCAACUGAAAUUUAGCAAUUCAUCAAUCGCUCAUCAGUAGAUCUUCAGCAGUGAAUGGGUGCCGUCAGAACAAGAGUUUAAAUAACUAAUAAAUACAUCACGGUUGGCUCAACUAAUGGCACAGUUUCAUAGUCGGCGUGGCCUAAGACACACUACAAGAUAAUUGGGCAGAUUUCGGGACGAUUUCUCCCCUUUCGACCAUCCUAGCUAAUGUCCCGAUUAUCUUGGUGGUUUUAAAGAUUAUCUUAUAAGAUUUUUCCGUGGUGUGAUGUGUUUUAAGUGACUGAAUCCGCUCAGAAGAACGUCGGAGGCGCCUGAUCGAGAAACACAAAUAUUUAACAUGUUGAUCUGAAAUCCUGUUGUGUGGUGGUGGUGGGGGGACCUCGAAGACGCAUACGAUCUAAAAAUGAUCGUGAAACGAAAUAAUAUCCAAUCGGAAAGCGAAGUGACAGAAGACUGUAGCAUAACAAGCGCGGUCAGGGCGAAGCACAAAAGGACCGGGACGGCGGAGAUUAAGGGUGUACACAAAAUGAAAAUCUGUGUGCGGUUUGCUGUCUUUGUCACACUGCGGCACGCCGCACGCUGUAGGGUCAAAAUGGUUGAAACGGAGACUUUUUUUGUCCUCGUCUUUGUGGUCUCUCGCGUUUUGUAGAUCUUAACCGAUUUUUAAAGUAUUUAAGUGCACCUCUCUGUGAACCCAGGGGAUGAGUUCAUAAGUAAUCCGUGUGAUUUGAGUCAGUCAGUAUAUUUCCAGUGAAGUGAACUCAUCGAGGCGUUUGAACAGUAAGUCCAGUCUCCAUAAUAACACAUCCAUUGAAAGGUUCCUCCUUUACUCCACCUCCAUAUUUGUUUAGGACCUUGGAAACUAUGCUCGAUCCGUGCAUGUUUUUCUCUUGGAUCAGAUGAGAUGGCUUUUUCACUGGAGAGGCAGUGUUGCUUCUGGCUUUAUUUUUAGGUAAACUGUUCCUUUUAACCCUCUGCACAAACUGUAACAUCACUGCAACGGCACUGCAGCAAUACCAGGCCAGCAGUGAACCUCUCAAAACUACGUGUAGAACUGUCCACAUUAGCUGCUCUGUUGGCGCAGCUCACAAACCACAAGUCCGUAACACCGGCUAACAGGAUGCACCUGUAAUCAGAUCUCUCACUCAGAUCAGAGUUGCUGUCUAAGCACGCUGCGUGUCUUGAAGGUUUUGUUUACCUUCUGUGCGAACUGCUGAUGAAAAAGCAGUGUUGGGGUUCAAUCAAAAAUGUGCCACUAAAGCUUGUAGUGGUAGACGCCCUUCCUGGUUUCUGUGGGAAAUUAGCGGAAAUGUAAUGCAAUGACACCAGCAAGGCAAGACGGUUUAUGGCAUUGGCUGUUAAUAGAAAAAAAAGCAAAUCUCAUACCAGUCAUACAGUCUAUGGUACGUGCGCAACAAGGAGGGUGGCAUCAGAGAAAAAAAGAAGUUUUUUUUUUACUUUCUUUCUUCCUGGCUGGUUGGUAACCACUUUACAAAAGCAUAAAUGUAUGCGUUACAUAAAACCAGUCUGUCUUUAAAAAAAAAUAUGGCACAAUAGACAAUGGAAAAUACCUGCCACUCCUGGGUAGUGCAUUUCCGCGUAGCAGUGCUAAACCACUGAACAUUUAGGGGCAUCAUGAACCCAUUUUCUUUGUUUUUUUUUCUUUUGCCAGCUUCUUAAACAAUGUCUUGUUAGAUUAGAUUAGAUUAGAUUAUAAUUUAGCACUACAUGAAUCUAUUGUAGCAUUGAAGAUCUGUUUGUUACUGUAAAAUGUAGGCUGUUGACGUUAACUCAAACUAAUAACUAAAAACGGAAGAAUGGAAUGGGAAAAAAAUAACAAAAAAUGGAAGGUCGCAUUAUGGCAAUUCAGUAAAUAUGAACAUUUUUAAUUUCUUAAAACAUUUUUUAUUUACAGUAUGUUACUGUACGAAUACAUGUAUGCUCUUUCAAAUUUGAAAUAGCCUGCUUAAUAAGAUAUUAUAUGCUUUAUUAUAUAAGAUAGACACAAAUAAUAACAAAAAUAAUAAUAAAACUAAAUAAACAAUUAUAAUAUUACAUGUACUGUGUAAAUAGCCUAUGCCGGUUCGUUAUCUCCAUCAUCCCAAAAAAUGCUAAAUUAUAAAGAUUGCAUAUCCUUUGCUGGAGAACAGAUUUGCUAAAUGCCCGAGGCUUGUAGAGUUAGGCUCCUGCAAAGCCAAACCAACUCCCCUCUCAUACUGAAAGUAAAAGUAAGGUGUAGCCAGUUUGGUUUUUGCCAGACAAUGCCAGAGCCCGUGUAAUCUGAGGACACAUCGAGCGCUUAUUAUACAUUUCUUUUUCUUUUCUUUUUUUUUGCUGCACAACUUUAAUGUGAUGGAUUAACAGUUCUACAGUAAACAUGGAAUAUCUGCGUAAAAAAGAUGCUGAAUCGCAAAAUAUCGUCUCAGACCCAAUGGCUGAACUCUUACCUGAUAAUGUCAUCUUAAAAUAUCUCGAGUCACUUGAGUCCAUUGAAGAGGAUUUCGAUCCCACCAUCCUAGAUAACUUCUCAGGCGACAUAGACAUAAUCUGCACGCCAAAACCAGAAAAUGCUACUUUCCAAAAUGAAGUGCCAGUCAAAAAAGCAAAGGUUGUUGCGGUCAACAGAAAACCUCACAGAAAGCACAACAAAAAAGCAACAAAGUGCCCUGAAAGUCCCCCAAGCGGAAAGACGCCCACUAUCACCCCUGAGAGCUUCCAUUUGAGCACAACCCAAUUUCAGCAUGUAUUACGUAUUCCCUUCAGUCCCCCUCUUCUGCCCCCUAGUGGAGGUUCUCCACUACAAAUCAUCCAGACCAUCGGCCCUUAUACGCCACCUCUAUUUGGCACUGUGGUUCCAACCGGACCUGCAUACGUGAUCGUCUCGCCCCAGUGUGUGAGUCCAGGCGCUCAGAUAAUUCCUCUUUCACCUGCCAUUGGCACCGUGGCCCCACCAGAACUCACUGGUUCUGUACUUCCUGUUGGCUCAUCCUCAGACAGCGCAUGCCAGGGUUCACCAACAGUGGACCCACUCUCCCCUACAAAAGACCUACAAAAAAUCAUUUCCACAUCUCCAAAAACUGAAAAGAAAAUCCGCCCAGAGGCACCAGAAUGCGUUAAGGACUACAUACAUCAGACAAAAUGCUACAUGAGAGAUGUCUGCUGCGCAAUGCGUGGGGGAAUGGGAAUGGAUUCACACUACGUAGAUACGCAUCUGGUCCAGAGGAAACUCCUUAUCAAAUCCGGCAAGAAUGCAAACAAGUGUCUGGAGAAAGAGCUGGUUGUCCUUAGUGAUUCAGAGCGAAAGAAAGCAAAGCUGGACAGAAGCCAAUUGUUUCAUUACAAUGACUCCAAACCGAAACAAUCAAUCGCUCUUCUUGGAAAAGCCGGAGCGGGGAAAACCACGUUCGUUCAGCGUUUAUGCUUGGACUGGGCGAGCGGCAGUCUGUCUCAAUUUCAGUUUGUUUUUUUGCUAAACUGUAAAACUUUAGACCUCACACAAUCAAACUACAGCUUGAAAGGCUUACUGUUGGACUUGUCUAUGUCUCCUCGCUGUGAUGACCCUGAAUCUGUGUUCAAACACAUUCUUUCCUGCCCUGAUGAAGUUCUCAUUGUCUUUGACAGCUUUGAUCACAUUAAAGACUUGGAGGGGCUUCUUCAGUCCCCUGCUAAAUCGCACACAAACACUAAAUACACAAUCAGACAGCUAUUUUCUGGUUUGUUCCAAAAGGAAAUCCUCCCGGGCUGCACGCUUCUCAUUGCCACGAGGCCUAAAGACGUUUUAAAUCAGGUGCUGCGAAAAAUGGACAGCCUUUUGGAGCUUUCUGGCUUCUCUCCUGAAGACAUUGAGUUGUAUACAUCUAAAUAUUUCGGAGACACUUCCCUCCAAGAAAGUGCACUAAAACAGAUUAAGAGUGAUGGAUACAUAUUCAGUUUAUGCUCCAACCCGCUGCUUUGUCGGACUACCUGCUUCCUGCUCGAGCACCAAGAAAGCUGUGAUGAUUUGCCUUCAACCCUCACGGAUUUGUACCAAAGAGCGACAUCAAGGCAUCUGCAGCUAGCUAGCCUUGAAAACGGCGCUUUGUGUAAAAACAGAAAACAGCCGGACAUCCCACAGUUAUGCAAAAUGGCAUGGGAGGGAUUCAAGAAUCAUGACACGUGUGUAAACCCUGCCAGUUCUACAGAGCUGCUGGACUGCGCCCUUAAAAGUGGCAUACUUGCAUCCUACAAAACAUCUGAGGGUCAGGAAAACCACUUUGUGGACCUUUUCUCUCAGAACCUCCUGAGCGCUGUGCACCUGGUGCAGUCUAAACAGGUGAACGAAAAGAUGGUGGUGGCAAACAGCGUAGUCCAUCACAAGAAACGAAAGGUUCAGGGAGAGUCGCAGGACGUGUUGCAGAGGUUUGUCACGGGGCUGGUCUUCCAAAAGCCUCCUGAUGGAAUCAGCAUCCUGGACAGCAGUGUCAACAUAAAAGCCAAAAGAAAGGCCGUUGAAACCCAUCUGGAGAGCAUGAAGCCCAAUGAUUUGGUGCCUGCCAGGUUACUAGAACUGUUUCAUUGUGUUUACGAGACCAGCAGCGCCAAAUUUGCCAAACUGCUUUUGAAGAACCUGCCUGAAAACCUGUCGUUCUAUGGGACGCAGCUUUGCCCAUCGGACGUGUAUGUUAUCUGUCAUCUCCUUCAAUAUGCCAGCGCGUUGAAGCGGACCUUCUCCAUUAACCUGCAAGACACGUGCAUUCCCAUCAGUGGCCUGAAAGAGCUUGUGGGACUUAAAUGCAUCAAAGAAUUCUGGGCUCAUACAGCAGACACCAUUGGCUUGUGGGAGGACUUGGAUCAAAGCAACGAUGAACUGAACCUGAAAAGCGCCAUUGAGAAAUUCACUUUGCACCCAUUCAAGGCAACCGAAGCGUAUCACAUAGACAGCCUGCCUGUCCUUGUCCAAAUUCACAGAGAGAAAAAGCUACCAAUGAGUGAAUUUGUGUCUGCACUGGAUGAAGGUGUGCCAGCCCUCCGGCAUCUUCAGAGACUCGAAUAUGAGCUUGGAGUACAGAACGGUCCUGAACUUUUCCCUAAACUCGUAGAGGUCCUGCCUUCUCUGCAGUCCCUCCAGCAUCUAGACCUUGAGAAAAACCAAAUAGGAGACUCUGGAGCCGAGAAGCUGGCUAGCGUUUUACAUUUUUUGAAAUGUCUGAAAUUGCUAAAUCUGUCUCAAAACCUCAUUGGAGAUGCAGGAGUGGAGAAACUAGCUAAAGCUUUUGCAUCAGUCCCUUCUCUACAGAGCCUCAGCCUUUAUGGAAAUGCAAUUGCUGACACUGGAGCUGAACAUCUGGCCUUAGUUUUACCAGACAUGAAUUUCCUGCAGGACCUGAACGUAGCUUUCAACAAGUUCACAGACCUUGGAGCUACAAAGCUCAGUGCUGCUCUGAAAAACUGCACAGGAAUGAAGUCUCUGGAGCUGUGGAACGACUGCAUUCCAUAUGGAGUUUUUGAACACCUCCGACUUCAAGAUCCUCGGAUACGAUCACUUUGACACGCACAUUUUAAAACGGCAAAGUUUUGUUGUUUUUACAAAAGCAUAAUUCACAAUUUGGCAACCAGGACACUAAACUGCUUUAGACUUUCUCAUUGAAUGACUGAUCAACUGACUUGCACUUUCUGACACUUUUGUGAAUAUACUCUUCCUCAGCACUAAAAGUAUUUUUUACUGUAUUUUUUUUUUUAAAAUAAGCUCAAAUGCUCUGAGCCUGCUUUCCUGAUUGUGACAGUUACAAAUGUCAAAUACAUCAAACGUUUAGCUGCUUCUAUAAUUCAUUGUCAUCUGGAUAAAUUGUAAGUUAAUACUGCUGCUUUGAUUAUCUGUUCAGAUGCAGUUUUCAGGGGCUGAAAAAAUAAAAUACGCACAAUAAAAUUAAACACACCUCUCGCCUCAUC